AUGAGCCUGAGUGAGCAGUAUGACAAAAAGGUGCGUCCGUACAUCUACCUGAUCGACUCUCUGCGCGUGUUCGGUGUGAAGAAGGACCUCGCGCUUCCAGCCAUCGCCGUGAUCGGAGACCAGAGCUCGGGGAAGAGCUCGGUGCUGGAGGCGCUGUCCGGAGUCGCUCUGCCCCGCGGGAGUGGUAUCGUGACACGAUGUCCACUCGAGCUCAAGAUGAAGAAGAGCAGACAGAAGGACUUCUGGCAUGGAAAGAUCAAGUACAAGGACAUUGUGAGAGACAUUGCAGAUCCAGCAGAUGUGGAGAGAUCGAUUAGAAAAGCUCAGAAUGAAAUAGCUGGAGCCUUGGGCAUGAGCGACGAGCUCAUCAGCCUGGAGGUGACAUCGACCAAUGCUCCCGACCUCACGUUCAUCGAUCUGCCUGGUAUUGUCCGUGUGCCAGUCAAAGGCCAACCAGAGGACAUCGGAAAACAGAUUAAGAGCCUGGUCAAAAAGUUCAUCACAAAGCAAGACACCAUUAUCCUGGUGGUGGUGCCAUGUAACGUGGACAUCAAAACUACUGAAGCGCUGAAGAUGGUUGAAGAAGUUGAUCCAAAUGGCGAGAGAACCCUUGGCUACAUGGUCGUCAGGUGCCGAGGACAGCAGGAGAUCACGGACUGCAUUUCUUUGUACGAAGCCAUCAAGAAGGAGAAGGACUUCUUUAUAGAACACCCACAUUUCAGGAUGCCGUAUAAAGAAGGAAAAGCCACCAUUCCCAAGCUGGCUGAGAAACUCACACUCGAACUUGUCCUUCACAUCGAGAAAUCUCUGCCACAGCUGAAGGAUCAAAUCCAGGUGAUGUUGGAUGAAACUCAGACUGAACUGGAUCACUAUAACUCCGAGCCUCCUACAGAUCCAGAACAACGGAUGGACUUCCUGACUGAUAAAAUAACAGCAUUCACUCAGGACGCCAUCAACCUAACAACUGGAGAGGAGAUGAAGAGCGUGCCACAUGUCAACAUCUUCUCCAGUCUGAGGAGACAGUUUAAUGACUGGAAGACGGAUCUAGACAAAACAGCAGAGACAUUUAACAAGGGCAUUGAGAAGGAAGUGAAGGAGUAUGAAGAAAACUACAGAGGCAGAGAACUCCAAGGAUUCAUCAACUACAAGACCUUCGAGAUUAUACUGAAGGACAAGAUCAAGCAGCUGGAGAAACCUGCCAUCAAGAGAAUGAAGGACAUCUCAGAUUUCAUUAGGAACGAGUUCUUCCAUCUGGCUCAAUCCAACUUUCUGGACUUCCCGAAUCUCCUCAAAAUGACAAAAACCAAGAUUGAGAACAUAAAGCAACUGAAGGAGUCCGAGGCUGAAUUGAUGCUGAGGACUCAGUUUAAGAUGGAGCUGAUGAUCUAUACUCAGGAUAGUGUCUACACUAACACACUGAACAUGCGGAAUCGCACGGAGGAAGAAGAUGAGAGACAAUCUCAUGGUGUGACUCGCCCUCCUUCCAAUAGUUUGUACAAUUACUCAGACACUGAAGAUGCCCUGGAGGAACUGACGCGCCACCUCAAGUCUUACUACAGCGUAAGUGGUUCUUAUCAAUCGUUCAUUUCCUGGUGUUACUGAUGAUAUUUCUGAUUAUUUGCAAUGUUAUCAUGUUCAACCACAGUAAGAGGGCAUAACCAUGAUGGAUACUACUCUGACUCUGACUCAUUUAAAGGCGUAGUACCUGCUUUGAUUUUUGACAGAUGGUUCUAGUUAACGAACAGAUAACGUGAACAC